AUGAAAGAUUUAUCUACGAAAAGAUUCAGACGUUUUAAUUUCACUCUUUACGAACAUGUGGAUAUAUCAUUUGUUAAACUUAUGGAAGAUAAAUUUAACGAUUCGAAUAAUUGUAUUCAGUAUAUUAUUUUCCAAUUGGAGUUCAAUCAUCAUGCUUCGGGUACAGGUGGGCGUGUACACAUGCAAGGAUUCGUGAUCUUAAAGGAUCAGAUGAGAAUUGGAAAAUAUAAUCCAAAGGGUGAAUUUGGAUCUGAAAUUAAAAAUAUAUUUAAAUCAAAUAGUAUUCAUAUUGAUUUUGCAAAUGGAACACCAGAGCAGUAUAGAGAUUACUGUCAAAAGAUAUGUGAAAAAUGCGAUGAUAAUUGCAUUAGAGAUUUAGCUCGUGUGUGUGAUGUGAAUGAAGAUGAUACACCAUCUGGACCAUGGGAGUUUGGUGUUAUGAGAUGUGAUGAUCCAAUUAAGGGUAAUAGGCGUUCAAAAAGGAAUAGUGAAAUUGAAUGUAUGGCAAAAGUGAUAGAUAAGAUUGUAGGGGGUGAGGAUAUUAAUGAGGUACUUGUGGAAUAUGCACCUAUGAUUUCAUCUCGUGUUACAGUUAAUAUUGAUAGAAUUGCAAAGACAGUGAGUAAUGUGAAUAACAGAUUUGAAAAACAAUGCUGGGAUCCAUGUAAUAUUUACAUAUUUGAGACACCCGGAACUGGAAAAACCUUUUGGACUAGUAUUGUAUUUCCAAAUGCAUAUAAAAAAUCGAUGGAUGAUGAUUGGAAGUGUUCCAAUGAGAAUUCAGGAUUAUGGGAAUUGUAUGAUUAUUAUGAAAAUCUCCCAUACUAUGAGAUAUCAAAUGGAUUUAGAUUACCAAAUAGAAAAUAUUACUCAGCGAUCGAGAGAAGAUUUAAUUUUAUUAUAGAGUAUCAUAAGAUUAGAGAUGAUGGCAUACGUGUUUGUAAUGUGGAAUGUACGUGUUGCAGAAUUCAGAGAAUUUUUCAUAAGGGCUCAAGAGAAAAAUUUCAAAAGUUAAAAUUUGAUAUUGAAUUCGAUAGAGAUAUAACUCAGGAUUGUGCAUUGGAAAUUGUACGAAAGUUAAAUAGAAAAGGAAAGUUGUUACGAUUGGAUAAUAAGAUUAUCUGGAGAGAAGAUUUUAAUAAUGAUAAUAGAUAUAUGGUUGAUGAUGGGGACGAGUUGCAUUUAGAUUUCAUUGUGUAUCCUGAGAUUAUAGAAAAGCUUAAUAGGAAUAAUCAUAAUUACGAGAUUGAAAUUAUUGAGGAGAUAUGUGAACUGAGGGAUGAUAAUGGGAUGCGAAAAAGAAGACGAGAUUAUGAUACCUGGAAUCAUCUGAAACUGAGAACUGGCUGUAAUAUACAUGAAUCGGUCAUGUUGAACAGAUCGAAGAGAACGUGUGAGAAAUUAUGA